CAGGAUACUGCUGAGGAUUCACCCUGGGAUGAACUAAGGGAGCAAAGGGAAGGCAUGGAGGGGUUUUUGCUCCCUCAUGGCUACCAGCUCGACAGGACCGUUGGUGAGGGCACGUACUCCAAAGUGAAGGAGGCCUUUUCCCAAAGGCACGGCCAGAAAGUGGCCAUUAAAAUAACUGAUAAGAAGAAAGUGCCAGAAGAGUUUAUCCACAGAUUCCUGCCCCGGGAGCUCCAGAUCACCACCCACUUGGAGCACAGGAAUAUCAUCUGUGUGCACGAGGUGCUGCUGAAGCUGUGCAUGGUGAUGGAGCUGGCAGAGGAUGACGUGUGGAGCGCGGGGGUCAUCCCCUACGCCCUGCUCUGA